AUGAGUAUGCUGCAGCAAAUAUUAGAUCAAAUGUUUGUGGAUCCAGAAAUUUUAGAAGCUCUAGACGAGGAACAAAAACAGAUAUUGUUUAUCAAAAUGCGGGAGGAACAAGUGAAACGUUGGAAAAUUUUUGAGGACAAGCGUGAGCAAGAGGAUAAGCCCCAAAGUAGCAAACCAAAAAAUAAUUCGCGAAGAGUUAGAUGGUUAAAGGGAGAAGAUGGCAAAGAUUGGGUUUGGGUUAUGGGUGAACAUAAGGAUGACCUUACCAUUGAACAAAUUACGGAAAAACGGGCUUAUGAGGAAGCACGAGAACUUGCUGAAAAAGAAAUGCUGGAAAACCAAGCAGUGCAAGUUGAAGCGGAAGUGCUGGAAAAAUUCUGUUUAAUGGAAUUAAAUGAUGGCAGUGGACCUGUAUUUGGGCCACAUGAAAAUGAGGACACAUUGAAACAGCAGUUGAGCCGUAUCAAACCGUGGAAUAGUGGAUCUGGAUCAUCCGCACGUAACAAAGUACAGUUGCAGGAAUCUGUAUAUGAUGAUGCAGACUCACUGUUUGGCCUAUCAUACAAUGGUAGUGAACCUUCGCAUAUUGCUCCUGCUUCAGAAUCACCUUACAAAGGGAUUCUAAAGAAAUCUACUGAAAAUUUUCCUUUGAAUAACAACAGUAAUAAAAAAGAUAAACUUUCGAUCGACAUUGAUAUUAAGCAGAAAACAAAAGAGAAAGCAUGUGGCACUUAUUUGUCAACUGACACUGUGAAAACAUUCGGCGCAAUAGCAAAUGCUGCAAAACCUGCUCCACUAGUAGGACUUAGUCAUUCAGUUAAACAGUUCACUCCAGCUCAGAAAACAAACUCUGGUCACGUGGUGAAAUUCCGACCUGAUCUUAGUUCAAGACAUGAUUUACCGGAUAUCAAUGAUGAAAUCACCAAGCGACAGUCAGAAAUUUUCGAAAAGAUUAAGGAGAAAUAUCAGCAAUUUGACAGAGAAGCAGAACAAGAGGCAAGACGUGUUGAACAAGCUUGGGAAGAACAAGAAAGAAGAGCACGUGAAGCAGAAGCUGAAAUUCGACAUAUUGCGCAACGGGCUCGUGAACAACAUCGUCAGCAAACUUUACGUACAUCAGCUCCGUUUUUAACAGUUCUCAAGGAUGUGAAAAAUACUGCAUCUGUACAGGAGAUUCUGAAGAAUUUACCCCGUCCUCCGAAGCCAAAAUCUCGUGAAGCAAUUAUUGAUUGGUUCAAAUCUGAGGAGCUGCGACAUGGAACCGGUUUAGACCCAUUGACACAUCGACCAGCUGUUUGGUUCCAUGGAAUCAUUACACGAAACGCAGCUGAUGAACUACUACAGGGAAAACCUUCUGGUUCAUUCCUUGUUCGCGUUUCGGAGCGUAUUUGGGGUUACACUCUAUCGUAUAUGGUUGGAGAUGGUAAUAUAAAGCAUUUCAUGAUCGAAAAAAUACCACAGGGAUAUCAAUUUUUGGGAAUUAAUCAAGUAGUGCAUCAACGCCUCCAUGAGCUUGUUGCAUUUCACGAAAUUUCGCCAAUAACAAGUAAAGGAAAUGAGAUAUUACGUUGGGCCGUAGGACAAGUGGACACUAAUUUGCCGGACUAUGCUGAUCUUAUUCCUGUUCAACGAAACACACUGCGGGCCUAG